CUCCCCGCGUGGCUCGGCCCCCGAGUCGCCCGCGAGGCCCACAGGCAGAGCCAGGGCUGGGGCUGUGGCACCGUGGGCACCAGCCAAGGGGCAGGGCGGGCACAGGGCAGCCGCCUCAGGGGGCCCACUGUCGUCUCCCGGGCCCCCUCUGGGCCCCCAGGAUCCAGGGCCCCUGGGAGCCAACGCCGGAUCCGGACCAUGUCUGGGCGACGGAGCCGAGCGCGAAAGCCCCGCGCCAGGAGGGCGGGCCGGGCACAGCAGGCUCCGGGGCAGCAGGGCCCUGAGGCCGAGCCCCCGCCCCCCGACGCAGGGGGCCCUCUGGACGAGACAGGGGUGGCCCUUUCGGGGCACGUGACCGGUAGCCAGCCAGCUCCCCCGGGGCAUCCCCAGGUGGCCAGGCCAGAGCAGCCACAGGCAGCGGAGAGGCCAGUGCCGGCUGCUGCUCCGGGGUCCGAGCUGGUACCAGUCCCCGCGGCGGACAUGGAGGACGGCCGGCCGGGGGGCCGCACGCGCAGCCUGGGUGCCGAGCUGCUGAGGCUCCACGAGGUCCAGCUGUGCCUGGCCCAGGAGCAGCAGCUGCUGGCGGACCGCCGACGGCAGGUCCAGCUGCAGAUGCAGCUGUGGCAGGAGGAGCAGCUGUGGCGGGAGCAGCUGUGGCAGGAGGAGCAGCUGUGGCUGCAGCAGUUGCAGGAGGAGCAGGCCUGGGUGCGCAUGGAGGGGCUGGAGCUGGCCAUGGCCCUGGAGCAGCUCCAGAGCGAGGGCCUUGAGGUGCUGCAGACCCAAGGCCAGGCCCCCGGCCUCAACAUGGCCCGUCGCUCCCAGAGCUCCUCCCAGGGCGACAACCCCCUGGCACCAGGGUACCUGCCACCUCACUACAAAGAGUACUACCGCCUGGCAGUGGACGCGCUGGCGGAGGGCGGGCCCGAGGCCUACAGCCACUUCCUGGCAACCGAGGGGGCACCCGCCUUCCUGUGUCCUGAGGAGCUGGACCACGUGAGCCGCCACCUGCGGCCCCCACAGUAUGUUGCCCCAGAGCCCCCCGAAGGCAGCCCUCCCAACGUGGACAUGGACGGCUCCUCGGGCACCUACUGGCCCAUGAACUCAGACCAGGCGGUGCCUGAGCUGGACCUGGGCUGGCCCCUGACCUUCGGCUUCCAGGGCACGGAGGUCACCACACUGGUGCAGCCACCACCCCCCGACAGCCCCAGCAUCAAGGAUGAGGCUCGGAGGAUGAUCCGCUCUGCCCAGCAGGUGGUGGCUGUGGUGAUGGACAUGUUCACCGACGUGGACCUCCUCAGCGAAGUGCUGGAGGCCGCCGCGCGCCGCGUCCCCGUCUACAUUCUCCUGGACGAGAUGAACGCGCAGCACUUUCUGGACACGGCGGACAAGUGCCGCGUCAACCUGCACAACGUGGAUUUCCUGCGGGUGCGCACCGUGGCCGGCCCCACCUACUACUGCCGCACGGGCAAGUCCUUCAAGGGCCACGUGAAGGAGAAGUUCCUCUUGGUGGACUGCGCCGUGGUGAUGAGCGGGAGCUACAGCUUCAUGUGGUCCUUCGAGAAGAUCCACCGCAGCCUGGCGCACGUGUUCCAGGGGGAGCUGGUCUCCAGUUUCGACGAGGAGUUCCGCAUCCUCUUCGCACAGUCUGAGCCACUGGUGCCCUCGGCCGGGGCGCUGGCCCGCAUGGACGCUUACGCCCUGGCUCCAUACUCCGGGGCCGGGCCUCUGAUGGCCAGUCAGAUGCCCGGGGCGCCAACUCCUUUCUGCUUCCCCAAACGAGCGCACCUCCUGUUCCCACCAGCCCGGGAAGAGGGCCUCGGCUUCCCCUCCUUCCUCGACCCUGACCGCCACUUCCUGUCGGCCUUCCGCCGGGAGGAGCCACAGCGGAUGCCCGGGGGCGCCCUGGAGCCGCACACCGGGCUGCGGCUACAGUCGCGACGGUGGGACACGGAGGCCGGACCCGGGGCCGAGCUCGCAGGCCCGCGGGGCUUCUUCCAGGCCCGACACCUGGAGAUGGACUCCUUUAAGCGGCACAGCUACGCGGCCGCCGAUGGCGCGGGUGCCGUGGAGAACUUCGCGGCCGCGCGGCAGGUGUCCCGACAGUUCCUCGCCCACGGGGACGACUUCCGCUUCCAGACCAGCCACUUCCACCGCGACCAGCUCUACCAGCAGCAUUACCAGUGGGACCCGCAGUUCGGCUCGGGGCGCCCACAGGGCCUGUUCGAGAAGCUGCGCGCGGGCCGCCCCGGCUUCGCAGACCCCGAGGACUUCGCGCUGGGCGCUGGGCCUCGUUUCCCGGAGCUGGGCCUGGACACCCACCAGCGGCUGGACUAUGUGCCGUCCAGUGAGUCGCGCGAGGUCCGCCAUGGCUCAGACCCAGCCUUUGGGCCCCGGGGCCUGGAACCCAGUGGGGCGCCGCGCCCCAACCUGGGCCUGCGCUUCCCCUGCCAGGCAGCGGCGAGGCUGGGCCCGGAGGCGGGGCUGGAGGCAGAGCCUGAGCGCAGGGUGGGGCCGGAGGGGCGGGCGGGGCUGCGGCACUGGCGCCUGGCCUCCUACCUGAGCGGCCGCCACGGGGAGGACGCGGGUGAAGAGGGCCUGCCGGGCCCCAUGGAGUCCGAGGCCUACGAUGACGAUGUGCUGGUUUCCGGGGGCCGGGCGACCGCGGGGGACCUGCUGCCCUCAUCCUUCCGCGGGCCCUCGAUCUUCCCGGCCAAGGGCUCCGGCAGCGGGAGCGGCGAGGGCCCGGAGGAGACGGGCCUGGCCACGCAGGACUCGUUCCGCUCUCGGCUGAACCCGCUGAUCCAGCGCAGCUCUCGGCUCCGCUCCUCGCUCAUCUUCGCGUCGCAGGCGGAGGGCGCAGGCGGGGCCGCCACCGAAAAGGUGCAGCUGCUGCACAAGGAGCAGGCGGUGCACGAGGCGCUGGGCCCCGGGGGCGAGGCCGUCCGCUCCGCCGCCUCCACCAAGGUGGCCGAGCUCCUGGAGAAGUACAAGGGUCCAGCGCGCGACGCCAGCGGCGCCCCGGCCACCGCAGUCACCGCCUCCAGCCACAGCAAAGCGGUCAAGUCCCAGGCAUGGCGGGAGGAGGCGGCAGUGUCGGGAAACGCGGCAGCCGAGCGGCGCAGCCUGGAGAGCUGCCUGCUCGACCUCCGUGACUCCUUCACGCAGCGGCUGCACCAGGAGGCCGAGCGGCAGCCCGGCGCCGCCACGCUCACCGCCGCCCAGUUGCUCGACACGCUGGGCCGGAGCGGCCCUGGCCCCGACCGGCUGCCCUCCCGCUUCCUCCUGAACCAGGGCCUCUCCUCUUCCCUGCAAGGGCAGGACAGCUCCCCCGUGGACGCGUCCCAAUCGGAGCCAAAAGGGAACCCCACCUCCGCCUACCCCGAGCGGAAGGGGAGUCCCACUCCUGGGUUUCCCCCGCGCAGAGGCAGCCCGACCGCAGGAUUCGCUGAGCGCCAGGGGAGCCCCACCUCCCCCUACCCUGAGCGCAAGGGCAGCCCAGUGCCCCCCGUGCCCGAGCGCCGGGGCAGCCCAGUGCCCCCCGUGCCCGAGCGCCGGGGCAGCCUCACCCUUCCCUUCUCGGGAGAGGCUCCGAAGGCCGGGCCCGCCGAGGAGACGCCCACUGGCCCCAUGGAGGUGCUGCGCAAGGGCUCCCUGCGCCUCCGGCAGCUGCUGAGCCCCAAGAGCGAGCGGCGUGCAGAGAAUGAGGGCGGCUUUCCGGCGCCGCAGGAGAACGGGCAGCCCGAGAGCCCCCGGGGGCCCGAGAGCCCCCGACGGCCUUCACUGAGCCGGGGAGACAGCGCGGAGGCUGCCGCCGGGGAGGAGCGGGGUCUGCGGGCGCGCACGGCUUCGGCCACGGCCAACGCCCUGUACAGCAGCAACCUGCGGGACGACACCAAAGCCAUCCUGGAGCAGAUCAGCGCCCACGGCCAGAAGCACCGCGGGGCCCCCGCCCCCGCCCCGGCCCACAGCAGCCCGGAGCUGGGCCGCCCGCCGGCAGCCAGUGGCCUGGCUCCUGACAUGUCCGACAAGGACAAAUGUUCAGCGAUCUUCCGCUCAGACAGCCUGGGGGCCCAGGGCCGGCUGAGCCGCACGCUGCCCGCCAGCGCCGAGGAGCGCGACCGGCUGCUGCGCCGCAUGGAGAGCAUGCGCAAGGAGAAGCGCGUGUACAGCCGCUUCGAGGUUUUCUGCAAGAAGGAGGAGGCCGGCGGAGGCGCCGGGGAGGGCCCGGCCGAGGAGGACGCCCGGGACAGCAAGGUGGGCAAGUUCAUGCCCAAGAUCCUGAGUACGUUCAAGAGCAAGAAGUGAGGGUCCGGCCGGGGUCUCCGCAUCCCUGCUGCCUGCCCGCAGGGCACUCGGUCCUCGGGCGCAGAAGCUAGGAACCCGGAUGAGCACAGCCAGAGCUCGGCCCCCCUGGGGCUCACCCCGUGCCUGCCCUGGCCUCUCCGUUUGGGGGCUGCAGCCCUCGCUGCCCCCCUGCCUUAUUCCCCCCACUCCCAUCUCUGCUCAGCACCUCCAUCUCCAGGCCCCGCCUCCCCCUCCUUAGGCAUCUGCCUCCACCAUCUCUGGGCUUCAGGUCCCCUCUGGGCCUUCAUGCACCUCAGGGACCCAUCCCUUUGUGCCUUAUCCCCAGUUCUCUGGGGACCUCGCGUCUCAGGGCUUCUGUGUCUCAGGGUUCCCCUCUGCCCACCCUCCUGGCUACGCCCCAUCUUCACUCCGCUGCCUCUGCCGUCUCCUGGCUGCCUCGUCCUCUCUCUGGGCCUCCCACCUCCUCAGGACCUCCCAUCUCCAUCUCCAUCUGUGGUCGCUGGAGGCUCACUUCCUGCCGGUCCAUCUGCCUUCUACCGGCUUGCUUGGGGGCCCAUCCUCUCCAUGCAGGGAGGUAGAGCAGCGAGGGGGGGGGGGGCAAAGGGAUCCUGGAAGGGCUGCCCUGCCCCCCCAGACCUGAGCAGACCUGGCCACCUCUCCGGCAAGGUCCUGGGCCAGGAUGACAGCACCAAGCCUCAGUGAUGGAUGGUGUGGGGCCCCAGCCUGGUGAAGGGUCCCCAUAUGCCCUGACGGCCACAGCCAGUCAGAAAGGGGCUGGGUGCGGAGCGCCUGACCUGUGCAGGUGAGGGCAGAGGAUGGCCUAGCGGCUCCUGAGCCCCAGCCCAUUGGUCCCCUGCAUCCUCUCCUCUUGGUCACAACGUGCCAAGUCUGCCCUCCAUGCUGCUUACCUUUCCUGUACCCUCACCAGCAGUGACUGGGUUUAAAAUGACACCUUUUGGCACCAAGUGCUUGGAAAGUCUCCCGCCACAGGUGCUGCACUUGUGAAGUGAGUGCUUCUGAUAUUUCUUCUCAAAUAGCUUUUGGUUUUUUAAGUGUAAGAGUCCCAGUCGCACAGAUGGAAAAGGGUUUAAGAAACGGCACUGCACAAAGGCAACUGCCCAGGGAGGGAUGACGGCGAGGACUUGUCCUUGGGUGGCAAAGGUCACGUGGAGCUGGAUGAGCUGGAGUUUGCCGACAAAUGUUUCCGUGUGCCCUGGUGCUUAGGAGGGCCUACGGGGGACCCUUCUGGCCACCAGAGGCCAGUGGCUGGGCCCCUCAAAGCCUCCUGUCUGCACCCCCAUGUCUUGCUGAGUGGCACAGCUCCUCACUGUGAUUCUUAACAUUUUGAUGGUAAUAAAACACCAGCACAGAA